UAUAGCUGCUUAGAUACAACCCCAAAACCUCAUUCACUACUCUCUCCCUCCCUCUUUCUCUCUCUGCCUUUCCGUGCGUUCUCCUUUUGCUCGAAGCUUCUACUUUCUACCACUUGCUACUUAAUUACUAGUGUCUGUCCUUCCCUUCUUUUUCGUCACAAAGCUGUUUCUCGUCUUUGCUUCAACCGUUUUGUACAAUGUCCACCAGGAGUGCAUCGCGUUCUUCACGGCCAUCGAGUGUUGCCAAUAUCAGCGAUGAACAGAUGUCCGACCUCUUGUCCAAGUUACGACAACUCAUUCCUCAGCUCCGCACCAACCGUGCAGAUAAGGUAUCAGCAUCAAAGCUGUUGGAAGAGACAUGCAACUGCAUUAGAAGCUUGCACAGAGAAGUGGAUGACUUGAGUGACCAACUCUCGCAGCUUUUGGCUUCAACAGACAGGGACAGUGAUCAAGCAGCCAUCAUCAGGAGUCUGCUUCUAUGAUAAAUCAAUUGUAAACACAGGCCUUGUCGUUUCAUUACUAUUAUCAGUUGCGUUUCACCGUAGUCGGAUCGGUUUAUAUAGCUAAAGGUUUGGUCACUUGUUGCGAUGCUACAUGAACUGCGACAUACGAUAUAAG